UAGCCUCUGUUCAUCUCCCUGCCUCAGUUCUGGUAACUACAAUAAAAUCCGCUACGGUGACCGACUCUCAAGGUGUCCCCCUUUCAGUCGGAGUCCACCUUUGCUACCCGGUCUUCCUCCCGGCCCGCGGGCGCUGGGCUCGGGGGCGGGACGCAACCCGGACUCCGCCCCCCACCGCGGGGCCGCCUGGGCCUGGUCGCCAUGGCGACGGGCUGUACACUACAACAACUUCCAAGUCAGCUGGUGCUGCCUGCCUGCCUGCACGAGGGUCAUGGACUCCCCGCGGCCUCUGUACUCCAGCUUCUCAUCCACAUCGAGAACAUACCCACGGUAUUCAACAGCGAACAGAGAUGACUCCUCUCUCCCAGGAACCAAAAGCACCCCGAAACGCAAGCUUUCUCAGAAACGUAAAACGCUGUCCUUUCAGUUCUCUAUGGGCCACUUGUCCCCAUGGCCCAUGUUCACCAGUGGCCAGACCAUUCUGCAAAAUCGAAAGCCUUGUUCAGAUAAAUACUGGAAGCGAACAGGGAGCUGGCAGCCACAGUCCUUGGGCACUGCGAAGCCCAGAUACCUGGAGGAGCUAGAGAACUACCUACGCAAGGAGCUCCUCCUACUGGACCUGGGCACGGAUUCCACUCAAGAGCUGAGGCUUCAGCCUUACAGAGAGAUCUUUGAAUUCUUUAUCGAGGACUUCAAAACGUACAAGCCAUUGCUGUCCUCCAUCAAGAAUGCAUAUGAGGUGAUGCUGGCCCACCAGAGGGAGAAGAUUAGGGCUCUGGAGCCCCUGAAGGCCAAGCUUGUCACCGUGAAUGAGGACUGCAAUGAGAGGAUCCUGGCCAUGAGGGCUGAGGAGAAAUAUGAAAUCUCCACGCUCAAGAAAGAAAAGAUGAAUUUGCUAAAACUUAUUGACAAAAAGAAUGAAGAGAUGGCCUCAUUGCAGAGUGAGGUGGAUGGAAAUGGUGUGGUGAAGAAACUGAGGAAGAACUUGGCUGAAGAAUACCUAAAUUAUCUCAGCGAGCGAGAUGCCCGCAAGAUCCUCAUCGCAGACCUGAAUGAGCUGCGGUACCAGCGGGAAGACAUGUCUCUAGCCCAGUCCCCAGGCAUCUGGGGGGAGGACCCCGUGAAGUUAACUCUGGCUCUGAAGAUGACUCGGCAAGACCUGACCCGCACACAGAUGGAACUUAACACAAUGAAGGCCAACUUUGGAGAUGUGGUACCCAGGAGGGACUUUGAGAUGCAAGAGAAGACCAACAAGGAUCUUCAAGAGCAGCUGGACAGCCUCAGGGCCGACUAUGAAGAGGUCCGCAAGGAGCAUGAGAUACUGCUGCAGUUGCACAUGAGCACACUGAAGGAGCGGGAUCAGUUCUUUUCUGAGCUGCAGGAAAUCCAACGCACCUCCACGCCCCGGCCUGACUGGACCAAGUGUGAAGAUAGGAUCGCUGGAGGUCCAGAUCGCUGGCAAGUUCUGGCUCGUGGCAAGAACAGUGACCAGCUGGUGGAUGUGCUCCUGGAAGAGAUUGGCGAGGGCCUGCUCCGGGAAAAAGACUUCUUCCCUGGUUUGGGCUAUGGGGAAGCCAUUCCUCCGUUCCUCCGGUUUGAUGGCCCUGUGGAGAACAAGAAGCCAACCAAGAAGGAGGUAGUAGAUCUCCUCAAGGAUGCCUGGAAUGAACGACGUGCAGAGGAGCAGAAAGAAAAGUUCCCAGAUUUCUUCUUCAACUUCCUGGAGCAUCACUUUGGGCCCAGUGAAGCCAUGGCCUGGGCUUAUACCAUUUUUGAAAAUAUCAAACUAUUCCGCUCCAACGAGGUCAUGAGUCAGUUCUAUGCAGUCUUAAUGGGAAAGAGGAAAGAGAGUGUGUAUAUCAACCAGAUGGACACAGUGGCUCAGCUGCAGAAGGAGAUGAUGAGUGCUGACAGUCAGAAUGAGGGGCUGCUAACCAUAGAGCAGCUCAGCACUAUCCUCAAGACUAUCUUCCCCCUCAAGAAGGAGGAGCAGAUUCAGGAGCUGAUGGAGGCAGGGGGCUGGCAUCCAGACUACAGCAGUGAAGACUUGCUCAACUACCGCUCACUUUUUGUAGAGGACGAAGAGGGUCAGAGUGAUCCCUUUGUGCAAAAACUAUGGGAACAGUACGCGGAUGAGAAGGAUGAGUACUUACAGGAGCUAAAGCAAGAGCUGGGGCUGGAACUACGUGAUGAGGUGACCCUUUCCAGGCUGCGUGAGGCCCUGAUGAACAUUGACCCCAGCAUAGACAAGCAGACCAUGAAUGGCUACAUAAGCCAGGCCUUCCAGCUGCCCGUGUCAGAACUGCCAGAAGAGGGUGACGAGGAGGAAAAGGGCAUUAUGACAUUGCUUCAGAUCAUACUGGAGCGGCUUCAGAUGGCUGACAUCAGGCGUGUGGGCCCUCGCGAGUUGGAGCCUACAAGCCAGGACCAUCGUGGACAGCCUGGAUGACCCCUUUCUGCUACCCCUGAUUUUUAGUAUAAAACCUUUUGUCUGAACUUGUCGUUCUCCAGGCUGUGCCGG